CUUGCAUAGUUUGUCAGCAAAAUACCCAACAUUAAUUACUUAAAUGUUAUUUUAAAAAAUUACUGCAGUUAAAUAAUAAAAAAACAAAAUGGUGAUUUGCGCAGUGCCUAAUUGUUUCGAAAGAAGGGGAAAAAAGGGGAAAGACAUGGAGAGAGAACCGCCAUGGAAAGGAUACCCGAACGAAAGAAAGAACUCUGGGCGGAAAGUUCAGGGCUGAACGUGAAAUGUAUGAACAAGUACUCUAGAAUAUGUUCAUGACAUUUUUAUCCAGAAAUGUUUGAUAGGACAGGCAGUACUGUAAGGCUUAGAGAAAAUGCUGUGCCUCAAAUUCACACUAUUUAUACUCAGACGCCACCUCCUCUGAAUUUCGCAAUUCUUGAUUUGAUUAAUUCCGUAAAAUCAUUUGAAUUGCAACAAGUAUAUUCUGAAAAUAAUGUUGAACAAUGUAGCUCAUACAAAAAUCAGGAUUUUCCAUUGCAGGAGGAGAGUGGACAAAAUUUUGUACAGCACGGCAUAGAAAAGUCUUGUUUAAAUAAUACUGAAGUUUGCACCUUGCAUGAGAAUGGAAACGUGUCGAAAGAGGCAGAAAGAGAAAGUGUUUUACACGUACAAGGUGCAUUUAAUCCUUCAAUAUUAGAAGUCAUCAUAACAGAAGACUUAUGUGAGUGAUGCUCCACCAUCGUCCUCAGACAAAAAGGAAGAUGUUUUUAUGCAGGAGGACCCUGCAAUCAAUCUGCAGGUAGAUUGUGCCUUAAAUUCUUCAAGUGUAGGAGAAAGUACUAUAGAAGUUUCUGGAGAUGACCCAAUACAAAUUCCCACUGAUAUUGAGGGGAAAUCCACGAGGGAAAUAUCAACACAAACGGAUGAUUAUAUCAAUACAUAUCUUCCAACAACUCCCAAUGGCAAAAGGUGCAGUCAUUGCGACGAAGAAGGAAAUUGUGAUAAUACAAAUAUUCCUACAACUCCAAAAGGUAGAAGGUGGAGUAAUAGCGACAAAGGAACAAACGUUUCACCUACGUUCGUUUUUAAUUCUCCAACAAAAGUACUAUUGCGAAAUGAAUUUAAAAAUCAACGACUACGAUAUUCUCAUAAAUCAGAAUAUUGAGAAUAAUCGCAUUUUCUGAGUGGAAAUGUAAUUAUUUGUUC